AUGACUGCUUCUGAAUCGCUCUUCAGAUUAAAACUGACAUUUCACGAAGGACGUGAAGCUGUUACCCUGCUCGCAGCUUUGAGCAAGAACUGUAAGCGCACCAGAGCCGGCAGAGCCUCCCUCGCCGCCUCUCAACCGCACGGCACCAGCCCAGCCCCGCCAUCUUACACAGUGCGAGGCCGCCAGCCGAGGGCUCCUCGCUCCCCCCACCCGCCGUCCACCCCCAUCUGCUGCUCUGCGCCGCCGGCAGCCGGGCUAGGCCGCCAGGGCGAGAAGCACCGCCCGCCGCAGCCCCGGGCGCUCCGUGAGCCCGCCCCGGCGACAGCCCCGCUGCCCGCCGGCAGCGCCGCCCCGCGCCAACGGCGGCUCCGGCCCCUUCCCCCCCGCCCCUCCCCGGCCCCUUCCGGGCAGCCCGCCAGCCGCUCCUGGGCGGGGCAGCGCCCGCUCCCCCGGCAGCCGGGCUGGCUCCCGCCGCCCGGCCCCGCGCAGAGGGGACGGACCGGAGCCCCCGAGCACCGCGCCCCGCUCCCGCUCCCGCGCCCGGACGCCGGGCAGCGCCUCCCACCGCCAACGGCCGGUUAA